AUGAAUGCCAAAACAGAUCAAGGAGAAGGGGGAAAAGCAGCCUUUAGGAAGUAUUUAGAGGACCAUGGAGUCAUUCGUCAGCUGACACGCGUCCUCGUGGGGCUGUAUGAGACUCCUGAGCGUCCACUGAACGCGCUCGACUACAUCAAAAGGCACCUUGGAGCACCUACAGGUGUGGAGGUGGACGCACUCCGCUCAGAGGUGCAAAAUUUGACGAGGGAGAAUGCUGCGUUAAAGAGUAAGGUGGAAUCAUUGCAGCAAGAAGUGGAACUUCUGCAGAGGGAACUCGCAGAUUAG